AUGGAGCAACAAGUGCACAAACCGCAUCGCAAGUCCAAGGAGAAAAAGCAGCACUCGGGAGACCGCAAUCCAAAGGCUUUCGCCUUCUCCAAGCCUGGUAAACUCCAGAAAACUGCUGCAAGAUCCCAGGACAUCAAAGAACGGCGUCUUCAUGUACCGCUCGUCGACCGACUCCCUGAUGAGGCUCCUCCACGGCUUGUGGCUAUCGUCGGCCCUCCCGGCGUCGGCAAGACCACACUUCUAAAAUCAAUGGUUCGCAGAUAUGCGAAAGAGACUCUAUCAGACCCGCAGGGACCAAUCACUGUCGUUACGUCGAAAAAACAACGAUUGACCUUCAUCGAAUGCCCGAAUCAACUGGAAGCCAUGGUCGACAUUGCCAAGGUCGCAGACAUUGUGCUGCUCAUGAUUGACGGAAACUAUGGCUUCGAAAUGGAGACUAUGGAAUUUCUCAACAUCCUUGCCGCCACGGGUAUGCCUGGAAAUGUCUUCGGCAUUCUCACUCAUCUCGACCUUUUCCGCAAGCCACAGGCCCUCAAAGACGCCAAGAAGAGAUUAAAGCGUAGACUUUGGACUGAGUUGUACCAAGGAGCCCAUCUGUUUUACCUUUCCGGCGUGAUGAACGGCCGAUACCCCGAUCGCGAAAUUCACAACCUCUCACGAUUUGUCUCUGUGAUGAAGAACCCUCGACCUCUUGUGUGGCGCAACAACCAUCCAUACUCCAUCAUCGAUAGUUUCCGUGAUAUCACGCACCCGACGAAGAUUGAGGAGGACCCUAACUGCGACCGAUCGAUUGUUCUGUCUGGGUAUUUACGAGGGACAAAUUUUGCCUCUCAAGGACAGCGAAUACACGUUGCAGGUCUGGGGGACUUUACCGUGGCCAAUAUGGAGGUCCUACCAGACCCGUGUCCAACCCCUUCAAUGGAACAAGCACUGGCCAAAAUUACUGGAAAGACUGGGCGGAGGCGACUGGACGAAAAAGAAAAGAAGCUACACGCACCCAUGUCAGACCGAAGCGGCUUGAAGAUUGACGGCGACGCAAUCUGGAUCACAAGGGAGAAGGGAUUCACCUUUGACAAAGAUGCAGAAGACGUCGAGCGCGGCGAGGGCGAGGAAAUGAUUGUUGGUCUGCAAGCAGAGCGACGAUUAUUGGGUCAAAUGGAAGACGGAGUUCAGCUGUUCUCUGGCGGCGAGAAGCUGAAGGAAGUAGAUGAGGAGAACGACACGGGCAGAAAAUCACAACGACAUGCCAGAAUUGCGGAAAGAAAUGAGUCUGAUGUCGAGGACGAAGGGAUGGAUGAUGACGAAGAUGAUGAAGAUGAGGGCUUUGUCAGUGGGAGCGGCGACGAGGACUCUGAUGCUGAGGUGGAAUUCAAUGAGGGUAAGAUGGGCAAAAUGUUCCGCAAGGAUGCCGACAAAUCCAAUGGAGAGGACGACCUGGCGUUUGCCGAUAGCGACUCAGACCUCGGUUCUAUAUCAGGCGAUGAGGAGGAGGACAUGGAUGAGGAGGAUGAAGACACUGAUUCUGAUGAAGAAGCCGCGGCAAUGCGCUGGAAAGAUGAUUUAGCUGGUCGAGCUCGCAAAAUGCACGGCAGGAGGCGAACAUAUCAUACUGGCGACUUGGCAAGAUACAUAUAUGACGAUUCCAUGACUGCACAAGAGGCAUUGAAGCGAUGGAGAGGUGAAGAUGAUGAGCCAGAGGAGGAGAACAUCGAGGAUUCGGACGACGAUGAAUUCUUCAAGAAGACUUCACAAGAAAAAGAGGAUUCGACAGAAGAUCGCUCAAUACCGGAAUACGAUUAUGAAGACCUAGCGGCCAAAUGGGCGGAGCGAGACAACAUUGAAGCCUUGCGCAGAAGAUUUACGACCUCUGGUAUUGGAGGCGAUGAUGAUGAUGAGGAAGGUGGCGACGAUGACGAUUUUGAUGGCUUUGGAGAGGAUGACGACGACGAAGGCGACGGCGUGUUCGAAGAUCUGGAAGCUGAGCCAGCCGAGAAAGAACCCGAAACGGCCGAAGAUAUCGCAGCUGAGCGUGAGAAGAAUGCCAAGCGCAAGGAAGAACUCAAACAACGGUUCGAAGAGGAAGAUCGAGACGGGUUUCUUAAUGACAAGGCCAACGCCCGACGAGAAGGCGGCGAUAUUCAAGAGUAUGGCGAAGAUGACUGGUAUGAUGCGCAAAAAGCCAUGAUCCAGAAGCAGCUCGACAUCAAUAAGGAGGAGUUUGAGACUCUGGAUGAGCGGCAACGCGCAGCCGUGGAGGGCUACCGAGCCGGCAAAUACGCCAAGAUUGUGCUUGAAAACGUCCCAGCUGAAUUCGUGACCAAGUUCAACGCCCGUCUGCCCAUCGUGAUGGGCGGUCUCACUGCCACUGAAGACAGAUGGGGCUUUGUGCAAGUCCGAAUCAAGCGUCACCGCUGGCACAAGAAGAUUCUCAAGACCAACGACCCGCUCAUAUUCUCUCUCGGAUGGAGACGAUUCCAAACGAUGCCCAUCUAUAGCACUACGGAUUCGAGAACAAGAAAUCGUAUGCUCAAAUACACGCCUGAGCACAUGCACUGCUUCGGUACCGUCUACGCUCCUCUCAUCGCCCCCAACACCGGCUUCGUCUGCUUCAACUCCUUCUCGCCCUCCAACGCCGGAUUCCGCAUCGCAGCCACAGGAACAGUUUUAAGUGUUGACGAAUCCACCGAAAUCGUCAAGAAGCUCAAACUCACGGGUGCCCCGUACAAGAUCUUCAAGAACACAGCCUUCAUCAAGGACAUGUUCAACUCGUCUCUCGAAAUUGCCAAGUUCGAAGGCGCAUCCAUCAAAACCGUCUCCGGCGUCCGCGGUCAAAUCAAGCGCGCCCUGUCGAAGCCAGAGGGCCACUUCCGAGCCACGUUUGAAGACAAGAUCCUCCUCAGCGACAUUGUCUUCCUCCGUGCAUGGUACCCCAUCAAGCCGCACCGCUUCUACAACCCUGCCACCAACCUCGUCGGCUGGCAGCCCAUGCGUCUAACGGGUGAAGUCCGACGUGACGAGAAUGUCGCCACUCCGCAACUGAAAAACAGCCAGUACCGCAAGAUUGAGCGUGAAAACCGUCACUUCAACCCGCUGAGGGUGCCUCGCGCCUUGGCCGCCGAUUUACCGUACAAGUCGCAAAUCACAACCACAAAGAAGCAGAAACGGGAUACGUACAUGCAAAAACGAGCCGUGGUCAUGCCUAAUAUUUCAGAGGAGAAGAAGGCUCGAGCUCUUAUGCAGCAGCUUCUCACUGUGCGGAACGACGCGGCUGCGAAGAGACGUGCAAAGAAGGCAGAGAACCACGCGGCGUUUAAGAAGAAGCUUGCUGAUAAUGAGGAGAAGAAGGAGGCGAGAGAGAAGCGAGAGACUAAAGAAUUCUGGAGGAAGAAUGGGCGGAAGAGAGGAGCUGAGGAUGGUGGCGGUGGUGGUAAGAGGAGGAGGUGA